AUGUAUAACUUUUUCAAAGAAUACCGUGAACGUCAGGAAAAAAGAAAACAGCAAGAAGAUGAGAGAAACGUGGUUGGAAAUGGAUUGUCGCCACCAGUUGGAGCUAACCUUCCUUCUCAAAACAAGGAUAUGGUGCAGAGCCCAGAAAAACCGAUGGAUAGCAAAGAAUUUAUGGAGAAGAGAAGAAAGAGACGAUCGGAAUUUGAAAUGGGCGAAGGAUCAUCGAGUGGACCAUUGGGACAGUUUGGGCAGAGUGGACCUAUCUAUGGAAUGGAAGCGAAAAUAAUGUAUAACAAUGUGGAAAGUUCAUCGGCAUCGACAUCACAAACGCCCGUUAGAAAAAUCAUGGGAUGGCUGAUGAAAGGUGACGAAAUGAUCAGUGGAUACGAGGGGAAUAGAGAGGAAAGAAGAGAAGUUGAACUUGUUCAUCAAGACACUCCUAGCUCACAGAACACCAAUGUGCAACAAGAUUCGCCAAGCAAUUCGGAAUUCAGAGUCAGAGAAUUGGAAGACGAAGUCAAAAGGCUCCAGGAGAAAAACGAGGCGCUGAUUGCAGAGAACGCAUUGAUGGUUCACUAUAAAGAAUCAUAUGAACUCCUCACCGCAUCGACUUCCCCCAUUCUAGACAUUCCCGGACCUAGCUCAUCGUCAGCGGCUUCUGUCAGUGUCAGUUCCCCUGUGUCUGGACCACGUAGCUUCGAAGAAGCCGUCGGUAUCUAUUCCAAUUGGGAAUUGAAUACAACUAAUGAGGACAAAAGAUUGCUGUUGUUGAUUAAGGACGCCCCUCUGUAUCUGUUCAAUCGUUUUGGACCACGCACCCUGCCUCAAGUUGUCUACAAGGCAACUUAUGCAUACGACAUCUUCAUGAGAUGCAAGGAAAACCAUAAUAUCCAAGCGGAAUGGAAGGACUUGAGUGAAAAGGAUAUGAAGGAAUGGAUGAAGGCGUGCCAGUUUCUUCGGAAGACGCAAAGAGCAAUGGCGAAAUCUGGAAUUAUCAGAUUGAUGACGUCGGCGGAGAUGAAGAAGGAGUUCGGAAAAGAGCUCUGGAAUGUUACCCCCAAGAAAGUAGUUCUGACAAGUUGUGUGAAAAAAGAAUAA